GACGUGGACAGCGGCAAUGGCAACAUCAAGUACAUUCUCUCAGGGGAGGGCGCGGGCACCAUCUUCGUCAUCGACGACAAGACGGGCAACAUCCACGCCACCAAGACGCUGGACCGCGAGGAGCAGGCCCAGUACACGCUGACGGCGCAGGCCGUGGCCCGGGACACCAUGAAGCCGCUGGAGCCGCCGUCCGAGUUCAUCGUCAAGGUGCAGGACAUCAACGACAACCCGCCCGAGUUCCUGCACGGGCCCUACUACGCCCGGGUCCCCGAGAUGUCCAACGUCGGCACGUCUGUGAUCACGGUGACAGCGUCUGACGCGGAUGACCCCACCUAUGGGAACAGCGCUCGACUGGUCUACAGCAUCCUGCAGGGCCAGCCUUAUUUCUCUGUGGAGCCGCAGACAGGCGUAAUCCGCACAGCGCUGCCCAACAUGGACCGAGAGGCCAGACAGGAGUACGACGUGGUCAUCCAGGCCAAGGACAUGGGAGGACACAUGGGCGGCCUGUCCGGCACCACCGAGGUGAAAAUCACGCUGACCGAUGUCAACGACAACCCUCCCAAAUUCCCGCAGAGCGUGUACACCAUGGCGGUGUCGGAGGACAAGGUCCCAGGGGAGGAGGUGGGCCGGCUGAAGGCCAAGGACCCGGACAUGGGUGAGAACGGCAUGGUGGAGUACCGCUUCCUGGAGGGCGACGGCAUGGCCGUGCUGGAGAUCAACAAGGACUCCGAGACUCAGGAGGCCGUCAUCAAGCUGAAAAAGGUGGUGGAUUAUGAGAAGAAGAAGACGUACACGGUCAAGGUGGAGGCCUCGAACCCGCACGUGGACCCGCGCUUCAUGGCCUGGGGGCCGUACAAGGACACGGCCACCGUCAAGGUCAGCGUGGAGGACGCCGACGAGCCCCCGGUCUUCAACGAGGCCAGCUACGGCUUCGAGGUGGAGGAGAACGCUCCCGAGGGGACGGUGGUGGGCAGAGUGCACGCCAGAGAUACCGACACGGCCAACAAUCCUGUCAGGUAUAUGAUUCCCCGCUAUACAGACCUGGGUCAGUUCUUCAGCAUCACUUCCCAGGAUGGCGUCAUCAAAACCACUCGUCCACUGGACCGCGAGACCCAGCCCUGGCACAACAUUAGUGUCAGCGCCACAGAGAUUGGAGGACACCACCAAGACUCAAAAGUUAGAGUAAACAUCAAAGUCAAAGAUGUGAAUGACAACCCACCAGAAUUCGCCACGAAUAAUGAAGUUCUUGUUUGUGAGAACGUUGUACCAGGAAAACUCAUUGAGACAGUCAGUGCCACUGACAAGGAUGAGAUGGCUCACCGACAGUACUUCACGUUCAGCCUGCCCCCUGAGGUGCUUAACAACCACAACUUUACUCUGAAGGACAACAAAGAUAGCACAGCCAGCAUCUACGUGAUGCGCAAGGGCUUCAGCCGGAUGACCCAGGACAUGUACUUCCUGCCCAUCGAGAUCAAUGACAACGGGGUCCCUCCCCAGAGCAGCACGCAGACCCUGACCAUCCGCGUGUGCAGCUGCGACAGCAAGGAGACCAUCCUGUCCUGCAACGUGGAGCCCUUCAUCCUGCCCGCUGGACUAAGCACCGGGGCGCUCAUCGCCAUCCUGGCCUGCAUCGUCAUUCUGCUGGCGAUCGUGGUGCUGUUUGUGGCUCUGCGACGGCAGAAGAAGGAGCCUCUCAUCGUGUUCGAGGAGGAGGACAUCCGCGAGAACAUCAUCACGUACGACGACGAGGGCGGCGGCGAGGAGGACACCGAGGCCUUCGACAUCGCCACGCUGCAGAACCCCGACGGGGCCAAUGGCUUCCUGCCGCGCAAGGACAUCAAGCCCGAGCUCCAGUUUCCCAUGAGGCCCGGCUCGCGGCCCGUGGCCAACAGCGUGGACGUCGACGACUUCAUCAAGACGCGCAUCUCGGACGCGGACAAUGACCCCACGGCGCCCCCCUACGACUCCAUCCAGAUCUACGGCUACGAGGGCCGGGGCUCCGUGGCGGGCUCCCUCAGCUCGCUGGAGUCGGUCACGACGGACUCGGACCUGGACUACGACUAUCUCCAAAGCUGGGGGCCGCGCUUCAAGAAGCUGGCCGAUCUGUACGGCACCAAAGACUCGGCUGACGACAACUCUUAACGCCACCUUGACGUCGCCUGGCUCGAUGGACACCCCCUCACCUUCCCUCCCUCCCUGUCCCCCUUAACACCACCUCCACUUUCCUUACCUAUACGGUCCUCCUCCCUCCCUUCCUCUGUCAACUAACUACGUGUAGUGUGUGAAGUUUACUAUAAGUAUACCAUGAAUCCAUCUAUUUAUAGUAAACUUUAGUUAGUUUGUUUGUUUUUUCAAGUAUACACGUGGUAUACUUCAUCCCUGUAUGGGAAAGGACAGAAAGUAUUAUGGAGGGGGUUAGCAAAUGAAAAAUAAAGGGUGGAAUACAACGUUGAUGGACUAGAGAGAAAGAGAUAGAGAGAGAGAGAGAGAGAGAGAGAGAGAGAAUAAGCGGGAAAGUAUUAAGUAGUAAUAAUAAUGGAAAAAAAAGAUAAUAAUAAAAUGAGGCACCUCUGUGGGAUGUAUGUAAAUUGCUUGUAUGCAGAUGCAAGGAGAACGGGGAGAAAUCAAUCACAAUGUAGUUCACUUUCUGUUGUUUGUAGGUUCGCAGGUUUGAGCAAUGAGGAUGUAGGUCACAGAGAGACACGGGAUUGUUGAUACUGUGAAUGAGCUCACAAAGCAGAAGAGGAAACAAAAGAAGAUUUUAAAAACAGUUGCCUUAUUAACAAAACACAAAAAAAUAAAACACCACAACGAACUUGGACUGGUCACAUAUGACUGGCCUCUAUUCCACCUAUGGAGUUUUCUGUUUCUUUUUUUUUGCUGAAUGGAUUGUCCUCUUUUUAUGCCAACCGGAACCAGACGGAUACAGCAAAAAUGUGACUCAGUAUGUGUUUUGCGCGAAUCGAGAAGAACUCCCUCUUGUCCUGCCCACGUUCACCAAUGAUCAAUGACUAAGAAAAACCUGUGAGCUCAGAAAACGCCUUAAAUAACAGACACUCUUGCAACGCAGUGCAUUUUUUUGUAACUUGAAAAAUAUAUCCUAAAGCAAGCUGAAAUACAUAUAGCGUAUGUACAGUGCUGUGUGCAGAUAUGUCUCUUGAGGAUCAAACUUGCGCCUAUUGGUUCACGUCAAUCUCUUUUUUUUUGUUAUUCGACUAUUAUUAUUUUAUUGAUUAUUGCUUAUUGUUUGCAAUUGUUUUCAUUUCUUUGUUUCUUUUUUGGCGUAUGUUAUUCUCCCUUGUGAGAAAAUAGCAAUCUGUCCUGUCGCAGUGAGAAGAAAAAAAAUGGCUAAUUUCUAUGUCAAUUUUAUGGUAACUAUUUGUACAAUUUUAAAAGUUCUUAUUUUAGUAUACAUACAGAUAUCAGUAUUUCAACAUGUAAGAAAAAUGUUACAGCAUCACACUUAUAUUUUAUGAACAUUGUACUGUUGCUUUAUGAUGUGCUUCAAUCUACGAAGCGGACAAACUUUGAAAUAAAUGCUCUUUUUACAAAA